AGGGAAGUCCUAGGUGGUAGAUAGGAUUACAUGAAGCCAGGCGUGUAAAACACUCCCUGUGCCUGGCACACAGUAAGCAUAGUAAACGUAUCAACAGUAAGUAGCUAACUGUUCUGCUUAUCAGCCUUUUCCUCUUCCAGGCACUGCUAUAGGUCAUGGAUUGGCACCGCAGACCCAAGGGAGUCGGGGCUGGAGUGAAAAAAAAAUCUAUUUUCCGGAGCCGGAAACCGGAGCGCUGAGCGGGGAAAAGCUUUGGAGUUCCGGCCCACGAAGCCCGCGAGGUGCUCAGCGCGCUGCCCGCUGAGGCCCAACACACGGUCGCCGAGGCCAGGCGCGGUCUCCGGCACCGCCACCUCUGGCUCUGUCCCCUCCGACGAGGUCGGUUGUGGAUCGCAGGGUCUGCUCUCAGGCCGAAAAACAACCUGGAAAAUCUGGACAGUGGGAAGUGGGGCCGGGCCUCUGUGCUUUGGGGUGCCUCUCCCCAGUGUCCCUUCCAACUUGGCUGCCAGGCGCGGGACUGAGACCGCGGACUGCGCAAGCGCACUGAGGCUCUCCGCCACCUAGUGACCGCAGCGGCCCGCAGAGUGGUGGAAGCAGCGCCAACGUCGCGGCGCCGUUUGACUGCUGGUUGCAUCCGAGCAGAGCCCGCCCAACGGUGGCGGGUCCAGUCAUCCCUGUUGGCCCGACUGUGGUACAGACCUCCAUGAGCCGGUCCCAGGUUGCCCUGCUGGGCCUGGGCCUGGGCCUGCUAUUCAUGCUGCUGCUAUAUGUGGGGCUGCCAGGACCCCCUGAGCAGACCUCCUGGCUCUGGGGAGACUCCAAUGUCACGAUCCUGGCUGGUCUCACCCCUGGCAGCUCCCCCAUUUUUUACCGUGAGGUGCUCCCAUUCCACCGGGCCCACAGGGUGGAUGUGGUGCUGCUCCACGGAAAGGCCUUUAGCUCCCGGACGUGGGAGCAGCUGGGCACGCUGCAGCUGCUGGCACAGAGGGGCUACCGGGCUGUGGCCCUUGACCUUCCAGGUUUUGGGAACUCGGCACCUUCAAAGGAGGCAAGCACAGAGGCAGGGCGGGCAGAGCUGUUGGAGCGAGUGCUGCAGGACCUAAAUGUGCAGAACGCUGUGUUGGUGAGCCCUUCACUGAGUGGCCGCUAUGCCCUGCCCUUCCUGAUGCGAGGCCACCACCAGCUGCGCGGAUUCGUGCCCAUUGCACCUGCCUCCACCCAGAACUACACCCAGGAACAAUUCCAGGCCGUGAAGACCCCGACUCUCAUCCUGUAUGGGGAGCUGGACCGCACCCUGGCUCGGGAGUCACUGCGGCAGCUCCGCCAUCUGCCCAACCACUCCACGGUGAAGUUGCGCAAUGCAGGCCACGCCUGCUACCUCCACAAGCCACAAGACUUCCACCUCGAACUUCUUGCUUUCCUUGACCAUCUACUGUGAGCUCACCCACUGUCCAGGCCCCAGGCCUGGCUGGAACUUGGAGAGUCUGGACAAGUCCACACCAGGGCAGCAGCCCCUGUGAUUAGAGGGUAGAGGCCAGAGGGCUAGACCCAGUCGGGACCUUUCAUUUUAUCUCAGAGGCACAAUUAAAAAAAAAAAAAAAUUUUUGUCAUA